AUGGCGAUAGGUAACGACACCUCACCCAACAUAUCCGAAUCCGAACCCGAUCGGCUACUCAGCUCCUACACGGAGCUGCUCUUAGGCUGCGAAUUCAGUGCAUGUCGAGACCUUGCCCGUAGGAUCCCAAUGUCCGACACGAACAUCAGUGCUCAAGUUGACCAAAUCUUCACCAUCACUGAGGUGCUUGGCUCCUCCACGCGCCACCCGGGCACCACCCACCUUGAUCGGUACUCCACCCUCCAGCUCAGCCCCGCUGAUGCAGCAAACCGCGAUAAAGUGUGUAACCAGUUUAAAACACUCAUGCGCCUCCUGAAUCCCAAAAAGAACAAUUUUCCACUAGCAGAUAACGCGCUCAUGCGUGUGAGCGAGGCCUGGUUGGUCCUCUCUGGUCCGGUCCAGCGAGCCCGGCUCGAGCGUGAUUGCCUUCGCGACAAUGAUGACCAUGGGAUGACGUCGUUUUGGAUGAUGUUCCUGUAUUGA